AGGCGCAGCAUGCCUUCGAGCAGAUGUUUCAGCAGCUUGCUGACAAUAUCGAGAACGCCGAGCAUGAGAUCAGCAAGAAGACAGAGACCCGCGCGGAGAACGAGGCGCUGCUCGCAGAGACCGAGGGCGAGCUGAAGAUGACGACGGCGGAGAGGGACGAGGACAAGAGGUACCUCAUGGAGACGCAGGCGCUCUGCAGGGUGAAGACGGCGGACUUCGAGGCGCGGCAGAAGCUCCGCCAAGAGGAGCUCGACGCCAUCGCGAAGGCGACCGACAUCAUCUCCAGCGGUUCGGUGAAGGGCUCAGGCGAGAAGCACCUCCCCCAGCUGCUGCAGCUUUCGAGCCGCGGGGCCGCGCUGG